CAGCGAGAACUACUGUUCAUUACGUGGUUUGCCUCGCUGAAAGUUAUAUUGUAUCAUAAGUUGAAGUCGUAUUUAAUAAGAUUUUACGUCGUCUAUCAGCUAACUUCAAUAGCAGGGCAAUCGUCAACAUCUUCAUCAGAUCUGCAGUCAGUUAUCCGGAAUUUGGCUACUUGGAGUUGUAUAAGGAGAGAUGAACAAAAAGUUGGUUUUAAUGUCACAGUCGGCCGUGUGGCAGGUACGAGCAAAGAAUGGAAGAGACCUCGGGUGGACUGGACUUGUAACGCCGAGCGGGACCUUGGAUGA